GACGGUAGUAUAGGAAGGGGUUAUGGUCAAUAAACGCAACCACGUCACACGCAGCCUAUCGGCGACGACCUCGCUUGGCCCCUUAAAGUGGCUCCGAACGAAAAUCUUACGUGUCGGCCGAUAGCCGCUUUUGUGCGCUAGUCCGCGGAAUAACACGGGAAAAGCGAGCGAAUCGCGGCAAGAGUCGGGCCGACGGACGCAGCCGGUCGCGAGGAACUCGCGGACGCAACGCGAGAGCCCGAGAGCGCGCGAUUUCGCGGCUGGCUGGGUGGAUCGUGCGUUUCAGUGGAUCGGCCGAAUUGCGUCCGCCAUUGUUGUGAUCGGCGGCGAGAGGAGCAAGAGCGGAGGGGCCGCUGUGUGUGUGCGACGAAAGAGAAGACGGCUUCUUAGCUCGCGGCGCAUGCGCACUGCGGACGCGACGCGCCGACGUUCUUUCGAAUUUUGGCUGAAAGAGACACGCACUGAUGUACACACAUACAUGCGAACCAUGUCACGUAUAUACGCGCGUUUGGUAGACGCGCCGACGUGACUUGCGUGCGACGACACAGAGUAUGUGAAUUUACGGCUGCUGCUGUAGUUGCGUGUAUAUACAGCUUCCCGAUAGCGGGAACACGGACAACUGUUUCCCGCCGACCAAUUCAUGCAUCGCCGAUGCCGACGCUGAGACGGUCGCGUUAUUCGUCUUGAGAGCCGAGGAUGUAACUAAGAAUAACGUUGGAUUAUCGGUGAAGAGUCUCUUCCUGUCUGUUGAGUAAUCUGAUCAUAUCUGAGUAGACCACUGACGACUGUGUGUUUUGCAUCCAUCAAGAGUAAGAGAAGCAGGUAGAAGCUGAUACGAGCUAGGCUCAUAUAUAUUGACUUAUCCCACUAGAUUUCCCUUGAGACAACUGUAAGAAUGAUAGUCCGUGUGAAGAAUAAGCAUGAUGUUACUUGCGUGAAUGUGUUGUGCUCAGAGCUGAGAAAAAAUCUUACCUUAAGGAGGUAAGGGAAAUGCGAGAUUAUAGAAGCCAUAAACUAAUGUCAGAAACAGCAGAGGAGCGCGCUAUUAGAUUGUAUACGGCUGCGGAGAGAAUGAAGAACGCCAGAGCUAAGGAGACUGAGGAUCAAGCGGCAUUGAGAAGAAUGCAAGAAGCCCAGCGUAUGGCCAGGCACCGCGCCAAGAAGAAGCGUUGUCUGGAUGAGAACCUCGCAAGGGAGAUUUCCAAGAUCGCGGAGCUGUCCAAGAUGCCCGACGCCGCGACGAUAGCGCAGAUGUCGGAGAUGAAUAUGAACAAGAUAUCCGCGGAAUUGAAACAGAUGAUGGAGAGGGGUAAAGUACCUGAGCAUAUAGUUCAAAUGGCUCAACUCGCGGAGUUUAGCAAAAUGACAGAGUUGAACAAAAUGUCGCAAGAUAUGGCGAAGAGAUACGAGAUGGAGAAGAUGGCCGAGUACGCCAAGACCACUGAAUAUAUGAAAAUGCAGGAGAUCGCAAAGAUGUCGGAGUUCGCGAAAAUGAGCGAAAUGGUGAAGCUCUCGGAGAUGGCCAAGUACAACGACAUCACGAAGAUCAACGAGAUGGCGAAGAUGAACGAGAUGAUGAAGAUGUCGCAGAUGGCUAAGAUCAACGAGGUACAGCGCAUGAACGAGAUCGCCAAGCUCAACGACAUGGUGAAGAUGACGGAGAUGGCCAAGUACAACAACGACAUCACCAAACUGAACGAGAUUGCGCAGAUCAACGAGAUGGCGAAGGAGAUUGCCAAAAUGAACGAAAAGACCAAGAUGAACGAGAUGAUAAAGAUGGCCAAUAUACAGAACGAUAUCACUAAGAUGCCCGAGUACUCGAAGAUGGCUGAGAUGGCCAAGCUGACGGAGCUGGCCAAGCUGAACGAGAUCACGAUAACGAAGUUGAACGACCCGCCGCCGCCACCGCCCAAGAUCCCAGAGAUCCCGCGUAUACCUGAACCUGUGAUCACCGUGCCAAAUCCCAGGAACCUGCAGAACGCGCAGACUGUACAAGUAGCGCAGGCUAGCCCGUCCAGCACAAUUAACUUCCCGAGCGUGCCGGGCCAGGGCAAAUACGCGCAACUGUUGGUGAUUAUCGAGGAGCUCGGUAGGGACAUUCGCCUGUCCUAUGCAGGUAGUCGCAGCGCGGCUGAGAGGUUGAAGAUGGGCAUUCAGCAUGCCCGCAUGCUCGUGCGCGACUGUCUCCUCGAGACGGAGCACAACGCGCGACAAUGAUCUGCCGACGACGCUAGCGAUUUAGACCUCUAGCUGAUUAUUAUUUUACGGGACGCUUUGUACGAUACAUAUAUACACACACACACACACGCACACACACACACACAUAUAUAUAUAUAUGUAUACAUAACACACACAUAUAUAUAUAUAUAUGUAUAUAUAUUAUACAUAUAUCUACGGAGUACAACGGUAUAAUCUUAAAGGGAGUGUCUUAGCGUCCGCGAUAAUGCGCACACGCGUCAAAAAGAAAUAAAAAAAUAAAAAGUAUCUGCUGUAAGCUUUUAUUAACGGACGAGUUCGUUUUCGGAUGCGCGCUAAAGCGCACUCGAUACACGCUGAGGCGCCGCACCCGGUGCGCGUCGCUCGAAAGCCGUCGUCCAACGAAUCCGAUGGUUCAAUCUAACGCGCGAGAGCACACAGUCGACAAGCGCCUUUACUAACGAAGAGUCGAUUGUCCCGACUUCUUGGUAAGUUAACUGAUGGUUAAAUCAUACGUUUGUCUUUGUUCUUCUUUCAACUUGGACAAAGGCAGACAUAUGAUUUAACUAUCAGUUAACUCACCAAGAGGUUGGAACAACCGGCCCAAAGAAAAAUGUUUAUAUUCAGGAUAAUGUAUACUGUGUCGCGGAAAUUGUAUAAUGUACAUAUAUUCUUUCAAGCGAUGUGACGAUGCGUGCUGAGUGAUUCGCUGGUCCAAUAAACUUGCGCUAACUAUGCGUACGCCUCCUUACGCUGCAAUUCGUGCGGAGUACGAGCUCUCGAAGGCGCGCACCGUUACGUUCAGUUGCAUCCAAGCGAAUUCGCAAUUAGGUCUAUUACCAUGUGAAGAAACCGAAAGAGAAGGAAUGAGAAGACGGAUUGCUUUAGAAACGAAUCUGGAGAUCCGGAUUAAUUUGAGAGAGAGAAGAGAGUAUUCGCAACGUAUCUGAAAUACGUUUAGAUUGGGCCCAUUGAAUAGUGGUUCCGACAUUAUUUGUUACUUCCAACAACUAACUGUGUGCGCGGAUUAUUACGUCCUUUUUUCUUUAGUUCUCCUUCACCUCCUUUCCUCUUACUUUAUUGUGAGACUUGCACGUCACGAUCGAUUGUAAGAUAUAAUGGUGACGGACCGGCUCUUUCAUUUAGAAAAAGCGUAGACUGAGUUGAUCAUGCCCUCGGAUGAUUGUGCUUAAAUACAUUCGGACAACGGGAGUAUAGUUAUACCUUCCUAAUUUUAAAGGGGACAAUUUAUACGUCGAGGAAUCUUGAUUUAUAUUUCCUAUGAGAGGGAAGAAAAUUACUACGGAGCUCAUUGUGUCUUGCGUUAAUGAAGCAUCGACAUGAUGUCUGAGUAUACGUUUUGAAUAUUGAAAAAGAAAAAUACGAGAUAAAGCUGAUCAAAUGAAAUGUACCUAAUGGAAAGUAUAAUCCCCGAAUAUAGCUGACUCUAAAC